AUGAUGUCAUCCUCCACCGUCGCCAACGCCGACACUUCAACCUCAUUCCUUUCCACUCCGACCAAAACUCCAUCGGAGAAGUCAUCGUUGAAGACAAGUAGCAGAAGGAACCACCUCGAUUCCAAGUCCCGCUUCGAAGCCUACAACCGCCUCCAAGCCGCCGCUGUGGCCUUCGGCGAGACGCUUCCCAUUCCGGAGAUCGUCGCCGUCGGAGGCCAAUCGGACGGUAAGAGCUCUCUCCUGGAAGCGCUCCUCGGAUUCCGAUUCAACGUUCGCGAGGUGGAGAUGGGCACUCGCAGACCCCUCAUCCUCCAAAUGGUUCACGAUCCCUCCGCUCUCGAACCUCGCUGCAGAUUCCAGGAAGAGGAUUCAGAAGAGUAUGGAAGUUCUGUGGUUUUGGCAUCUACCAUUGCAGACAUUAUAAAGUCCCGAACUGAGGCACUUCUGAAGAAAACGAAGACAGCAGUUUCUCCUAAACCAAUUGUAAUGAGAGCUGAGUAUGCACAUUGUCCUAACCUUACCAUUAUUGACACCCCGGGGUUUGUUCUUAAGGCAAAGAAGGGUGAGCCGGAGAACACGCCUGAAGAAAUUCUUUCUAUGGUGAAGUCCUUGGCUAGUCCUCCCCACCGCAUACUUUUGUUCCUUCAGCAAAGUAGUGUGGAGUGGUGCUCCUCAUUGUGGUUGGAUGCCAUUCGUGAAAUUGACCCAACCUUUAGACGGACAGUAAUUGUUGUCUCCAAAUUUGAUAAUCGACUCAAGGAAUUUAGUGACAGGUGGGAAGUGGAUCGUUAUUUGAGUGCAAGUGGUUACCUUGGAGAUAACACUCGCCCAUUUUUUGUGGCCUUGCCAAAGGAUAGGGGUAAUGUUUCAAACGAUGAGUUCCGCAGACAGAUUUCUCAGGUGGACUCAGAGGUUCUUCAUCAUCUCCGUGACGGUGUCAAGGGGGGUUUCGAUGAAGAAAAGUUCAAGUCCUAUAUUGGUUUUAGCCGUCUGAGAGAGUAUUUGGAGUCUGAGCUUCAGAAGAAAUACAAAGAAGCCGCGCCAGCAACACUUGCUUUGCUUGAGCAACGCUGCAGUGAAGUGACUUCUGAACUAGCUAGAAUGGAUUCAAAAAUACAGGCCACUUCAGAUAUUUCCCAUCUUAGGAAAUUCGCAAUGCUACAUGCUGCUUCUAUCAGCAACCAUGUGGGUGCAUUGAUUGAUGGUGCAGCGGAUCCUUCCCCUGAGCAGUGGGGAAAAACAACAGUAGAAGAGAGGUCACAGAGUGGUAUUGGGGUUUGGCCUGGUGUCAUUACCGAUGUAAAUCCCCCCAAUGCCACUCUUCGUCUUUAUGGAGGAGCUGCAUUUGAGAGGGUAAUGCAUGAAUUUCGCUGUGCUGCAUAUUCCAUAGAAUGCCCCCCAGUGUCAAGGGAGAAGGUUGCAAAUAUAUUACUUGCCCAUGCUGGCCGAGGUGGGGGAAGAGGAAUAACAGAGGCUGCUGCAGAGAUUGCACGAGCUGCUGCUAAGUCAUGGCUUGCUCCCCUUCUUGACACUGCUUGUGAUCGACUUGCUUUUGUCUUAGGAAGUUUAUUUGAUUUGGCUCUAGAAAGGAACCGCAGUCAUGGUUCAGAAUGUGGGAUUAAAGUGGGAAACAUGGAUGGCUAUGUAGGUUUUCACGCUGCUUUAAGGUGUGCUUACAGUCGCUUUACAAAUGAUCUUGCUAAGCAGUGCAAGCAGCUCGUUAGGCACCACCUUGAUUCAGUUACUAGUCCGUACUCACAGGUCUGCUACUUCAAUGACUUUCAACCAUGUUCUGGCCUAAAUGCUCCCACUAACAACAAAUUCAGCCAGGCUUCAGCCUCUUCGUUUUUCCUUGAGUUGAGUGAUACUAGUUCAGCAUCCCAUAAUGUAAUGAGGGAUCAGGAAAAUAUACCUCCAGAAAAUAAUGCACAGGAAACCACGCCAGGUAAAGCCGCAGAAGCUAGAGACGCUUUGCGAGAAAGUCACAUGACAAUCCCUGAGACCCCUUCUCCUGAUCAGCCAGGUGAUCCAGUAUAUGGGGUGGCUAAAAAGGAGCUAGGAAUUUGCAAUGAUGUGGGGCCAAGAAAGAGAGUGUCCAGAAUGGGAGGGAAUAGCAAAAAUUCUGACUAUAUUAGACUGCAAAAUGGUGGCAUUUUAUUUGGAAAUGGGGAGAGAUCAGGUUCUGCUUAUACAGAAAUCUGUUUAUCAGCUGCUCAGCAUUUUGCACGUAUACGUGAAGUUCUUGUUGAGAGAGGAGUGACAUCAACAUUAAAUUCUGGAUUCCUAACCCCUUGCCGAGAUCGGUUAUUCGUGGCUCUUGGGUUAGAUUUAUUCGCUGUGAAUGAUGAGAAAUUCAUGGACAUGUUUGUUGCCCCUGGUGCCAUAGAUGUGCUACAAAAUGAACGAGAGUCUCUCAUAAAGCGGCAGAAGAUACUGCAUUCUUGCUUGAAUGAGUUUAAAAACGUUGCUCGGGCUCUUUGAUUAGGGUCACUAGCUAU